ACACCUACACAUCACCCUCUUGGUUGGUUGAACACAAUGGCGACGUAUACUGACGAGCCAGUCGACAGGUAUUAUUACUCCUAUAACCCUUACUCAGGCAGAUACACCAGGGGCAAAGAGGCGGCCUGGAAGUACAAGAGUUAUCUCAGCCACUAUGGCGACGCCUCCGAGGCCUUCAGCAACCAGCAACGAGCUCAGCUCAAGUCCAUCUUAUCCCAGAUCAACCCCAAACUCACCCCGAGGCUCCGCAAGGCCAACACCAAGGACGUGGCGGUGCAGGUGAACCCGCGGAAGGACGCCUCGGUGCAGUGCUCCAUCGGCCCGCGGACACUGCUGUCCAUAAAGCGGGACUUCAGGCGGAAGGGUCAGCAGGAGACCGCGUCACCCAGCGGCGGCGGCAGCUCCAACAAGCAGGCGGCCGGAGUGCGUUACCCCCGCACCCUCGCUGUCUACUCCCCUGUCGCCUACAGAAGCGUCACCUCUUUCCUAGUGGAUGACAAUAACAACGAAGACGCAUCCUGUGGACAGGACCACGGUCAGGGUAAGGUCACAGAACCGCAGGUAGAACCGCCGGAAGACCCGCCUCACGUACCGGAGAAAACCGAAGUACAAGAGGACCAGUGCCAGGAGGAAGAGAGGGGGAAGAAAAUGAAAGUUUCGUUACAAAAGUCUCAAAAUAGCAAACAAAAACAAGCGAAAAGCGGCGAAGACGUACCGUCAUUCGUGGAGGGGCUUAAGGUUAAAGCCCGGGUCAGGUUCCAGUUCCUGGAACAGAAGUAUGGCUAUUAUCACUGCAGAGAAUGUAAUCUGCGAUGGGAGAGUGCCUAUGUGUGGUGUGUUCAGGGAACCAACAAGGUUUACUUCAAGCAGUUCUGUAGAAAAUGCCAAAAAGAGUUCAACCCAUAUCGUGUCGAGGACAUCACAUGUCACACUUGCAACAAAGCACGUUGUUCCUGUGCAAUAACACAACGCCACGUCGAUCCAAAGCGGCCACACAGACAGGACUUGUGUGGCAGGUGCAAAGGCAAGCGUCUGUCCUGUGACAGCACGUUCAGCUUCAAAUACAUAAUAUAAAGGAACAUGUCCAGAGAACUUUGCCUCAUAUCCUUCUCUAGCCAUGUUUGUGGAGGAAUGGGCGAGUGACAUCAGCCCAGUGCUUUGUUUACUGAUGCAAUAAUGGCAUCUUGGAUGAAAAGUAUGAUCUAAAACUUAUUUUGUAUGUUCUGUUGAUUAACAACACUCCUUAAAUGUAAUAAAUGGCUACCUUGCACAGUA